AUGCCCAACCAUAAUGUUCCACCUCCAGCAGGACUUUACAUGAUUUCCAAUACCUCAAUUGACCCUGACCAAAUUCUCAACCUUAUCCAACCUAUCCAAAAGCUUGAUGAACCUCGAUUUGUAAUGACAAUUGAUAUUUGGGAUAGUUCCAGUGAUGAGGAAUGUUUGUUAGAUGUUUGGGUUGACUCUGACGGAGAGGAAAAGAGUAGGGUGAGCCACAUGACCAAGAGUGGUAGAUAUUAUCCUGAUCCACCCAUGGAGAAGGACAACGUGAGAGGGAAAGCCAAGGUGUUGGCUGAAGAGGACACAGAUGAAGAGGAUGAUCAGUUCCUUAGGCAAUUGAAUAGGACUCAGGCUAGUGUAACAGUUUGGGAAUUGCUAUUGGUAUCAGAAAAACACAGAACCGCACUGACCAAGGCCCUGAGUGUACUCAAGGUCUCCACGGAGAUAACUCCAGAAGAGAUUGCCAAAGUUGUGCUUAUAGAAGAUGGGGGUCAUAUUACUUUCUCUGAUCAUGAUCUCCCAGCUGAGGGGAGAAACCAUAGCAGGGCUCUUGUAACACCCUCCCUAUACUUUGAGAUCAUUGUGUGGUCUGGAGAGGCUUACUUGUCUUAUAGUUUAGGUGCUUUAUCCGUUUUUGGUUUCAUUGCUUGUUGCUUUGUCUGGUUCAAUAAUACCGCGUAUCCUAGUGAGUUUUACGGGCCUACUAGACCAGAAGCUUCUCAAGCUCAAGCUUUUACUUUUCUAGUGAGAGAUCAACGUCUUGGGGCUAAUGUGCGAUCCGCUCAAGGACCUACCGGGUUAGGUAAAUAUUUAAUGCGUUCGCCUACCGGAGAAGUUAUUUUUGGAGGAGAAACUAUGCGUUUUUGGGAUUUGCGUGCUCCUUGGUUAGAACCUCUAAGAGGUCCAAAUGGUAUGGACUUGAGUAGGUUGAAAAAAGACAUACAACCUUGGCAAGAAUUCCAUUCCGCGGAAUAUAUGACCCAUGCGCCUUUAGGUUCGUUAAAUUCUGUAGGUGGCGUAGCUACCGAGAUUAAUGCAGUCAAUUAUGUCUCUCCUAGAAGUUGGUUAGCUACCUCUCAUUUUGUUCUAGGGUUCUUCCUAUUCGUAGGUCAUUUAUGGCAUGGGGGAAAGGCUCGUGCAGCUGCAGCAGGAUUUGAAAAAGAAAUUGAUCGUGAUUUUGAACCUGUUCUUUCCAUGACUCCUCUUAACUAACUGAAACAAGAGAUCCAAUAUUUAAAGUAGAAAUCAAUUUGAUUCUACAAUACAUAUUGAUUGGGUGGAUCAGGUCAUACUUAAAAAGUAUUUCUUUUUCCUUUUUUUUAUUUUCAACUCAUUUAGAUCUAAUCCAUUUUUUUUUCUGGCUCAUCUAUCCCACCUAGCCGAGCCAUUUAUAUUUAUGAUACUGGGCCAGUCAAAACCAAUAUAGACAUAAAUCUAUUCAUCGAGAAAAGGAGAGAGAGGGAUUCGAACCCUCGAUAGUUCUUUGCGAACUAUACCGGUUUUCAAGACCGGAGCUAUCAACCACUCGGCCAUCUCUCCGAAAGAUAAUUUCUAUUUUAUUAUUUUUUUUUUCACAAAUAGAACAUGGCCAUAGGAGUUGAUACUAUCAUUGUACUAUAGAAAGAUAUUAGGUGUGAGUCGAUAAGUCUAUUUAUCUAUCUGUAAUAUAUAGAUAGAUGCAGGAUCUAGCAUGACCAUUUGUGAAGUAAAAAACUACUCUCGACCCCAUGUUCAAAUAAAAAAUGGGAAAGGGGUGGUACUAAGUCAUAUAGAAUCAAUGGAUUCAUGGCACAAUCCCCCAUGAUGCAUUUUUUUUACAAUUUUUUUGGCUGAUAGAGGGAUCAAAUGGUAUAGUUCUUUUGUUGGUAGCUUGGAGGAUUAGAAACAUGACUAUUGCUUUCCAAUUGGCUGUUUUUGCAUUAAUUGCUACUUCAUCAAUCUUACUGAUUAGUGUACCUGUUGUUUUUUCUUCUCCUGAUGGUUGGUCGAGUAACAAAAAUGUUGUAUUUUUCGGUACAUCAUUAUGGAUUGGAUUAGUCUUUCUGGUAGGUAUCCUUAAUUCUCUCAUCUCUUGAACCUAUUUGUUCCAGAUACAAAAAUGAACUGAAAAUGACCCCUCCCCCGAAUUCUUUCGGGUUGCGAAACACAUUAAAAUUCAAUAUAAGUCUAAGUUCCCAAAAUGUAAAAUACAAAUAAAGAAAACAAAAAAUUAGAGGGAGGGGU